UUUUCUUUUAAAGAAAAGCUACUAUUCUGGAGAAAAUGUCAAAAGGCACAGUAGUCCUGGCAUACAGUGGCGGACUGGACACGUCCUGCAUUUUACUUUGGCUCAAGGAACAAGGAUACGAUGUGAUCGCCUACCUGGCCAACAUUGGACAGGAAGAAGAUUUCGAGGCAGCCAGAAAGAAAGCAGAGAAUCUUGGAGCAAGAAAGGUCUUUAUUGAGGACCUGCGUGCUGAAUUUGUAGAAGAGUUCAUCUGGACCACAGUGCAGGCCAAUGCCAUCUAUGAGGACCGCUACCUACUGGGAACCUCGAUUGCCCGGCCCUGCAUUGCCCGGCACCAGGUCCGGAUCGCCCGCCAGGAGGGGGCACAGUUUGUCUCCCAUGGGGCCACCGGGAAGGGCAAUGACCAAGUUCGCUUUGAGCUGACCUGCUAUGCUCUCUACCCUGAAGUGAAAAUUAUCGCUCCGUGGAGAAUUCCAGAAUUUUACAACCGUUUCAAGGGACGUAAGGACCUGAUGGAGUAUGCAGAGAAACAUGGCAUUCCGGUUCCUGUCACUCCGAAGGCUCCUUGGAGCAUGGAUGCCAAUCUCAUGCACAUCAGCUAUGAGUCUGGAAUACUGGAGAAUCCUAAGAGUCACGCCCCUUCUGACCUCUACCAGAUGACCAAGAAUCCUGAAGAUUCUCCGACUACACCAGACAGGCUGGAGAUAGAGUUUUGCAAAGGUGUGCCCGUCAAGGUCACCCACCUCACGGAGGGCACAACCAAGAACACUCCACUGGACAUCUUCACCUUCCUCAAUGAAGUAGGAGGAAAGCACGGCGUGGGCCGAAUCGACAUCGUGGAAAACCGUUUUGUUGGAAUGAAGUCUAGAGGUAUCUAUGAGACCCCUGGAGGCACCAUUCUCCACCACGCUCACCUGGACAUUGAGGCAUUCACCAUGGACCGUGAGGUCAGGCGCAUUAAACAGAACCUGAGCAUCAAGUUCUCAGAGCUCCUGUACAACGGGUUCUGGUACAGUCCGGAGUGCGAGUUCGUGCGCCACUGCAUUGCCAAAUCUCAGGAGAAUGUGGAGGGCAAAGUGCAGCUCUCUGUUUUUAAAGGUCACGUCUACAUCUUGGGUCGGGAGUCACCCAAGUCCCUCUACAACGAGGAGCUUGUCAGCAUGGAUGUUCAGGGAGACUACGACCCCUCCGACGCCUCCGGCUUCAUCAAAAUCAACGCAGUCAGGCUCAGAGAGCAUCACAGGUCUCAGGGACACACUCAGCUGUAGCGAUGACACCGGAGCGCACUUGUCAACCGUCAUCCUAGAUGAAAAGUCGCCUGCUGUUUUUAAUACUGUUCCUGUUUUUAUGCACUUUGUUUGACUAGACGUGCCCUGUAGCUGACUGUAAUGUUUUAUUAAAAACAUAUAAACCA